AUGUCCGCAAUCGAAGUUACCGCUGAUGCCGCUUCCACCUGGGAUUGGCCACUUCAACACAACGACGGAGUUGUCAAGGUUAGCUUAUUUUUGAGAAAUGUUUUCUAGAUUCUAGAAAUUUCAAGAAUUUUUUAUGGCUUUCGAUGAAAUUAGAGCUUCUUAGAAUUUAACAAAAACUUUUUAAAAAUAAUAUUUUCCGAGCUCGAAAUAAGAAAUAUUCACAGAAUCUUACCGAAGCUCUAGGAUUUUUGUGAAAGAAAUUUGGGCUAACAAUAAGAAAGCCACGGGGCAAAUGUAGAAUCCUAUUUUAGAAAUAUGAUCCGUGAAAUUGCUCUCUAAGAAUUCAAAUUUCAAAAUUCCGUGGCUGAAUUUGACACGUGGAUUUUCAGAACUUUCAACAGUAUUUUUUGAAAUUUAGAUGAAACUUUUGGGAUCAUAAUGAUUGAGCUCUCUUUUCUCAACAAUUUUGAGUCACGAAGAUUUUGGGAACCGGGAGAAUGAAGAAUUUAUCUCAUGAUACUAAAGUACAACUUCAGGUCCACAACAACAAGGAAAAAUUCGAAGUCGGACUUGAUGUCCAAUUCUUCACCCCAAAAGAGAUCGAAGUUAAAGUAUCGGGACAAGAAUUGUUGAUUCAUUGCCGUCACGAAACUCGCUCCGAUUCUCACGGAACAAUUGCUCGCGAAAUCAACCGCGCCUACAAAUUGCCGGAUGACGUCGAUGUCACCACUGUCAAAUCGCAUUUGGGAACUCGCGGAGUUUUGACAAUCACCGCCUCAAAGAAGGCUUAA